UUUAACGGUUACCAUGGCAAUGAUAGGUUGCGUUUUAAAAAUCAUAAAUAUAAUGACAAAUACUCUAAUAAUAAACUAAACUGAAUACUCGACUAGUGUAAAAGCUUAUUUUGCUUCCUCCAACAUUUUCUGCAAUCUUUAUACUUUGUUAUUGUUUUUCUAUUUAAUCACAAUAAAUUUCUAUUUUUAUUUUCAAAAAGUUAAAACAUGGAAGAACCAUCCCCAACCAAAUCUGUCAAUAAUUCCUCAAAAUGGCUCCAUGCUCAUUAUGACCCUUUGGCUACUUUAUAUACUUUUUCAUCUUGCAUGUGCUUAGCUGAUCUUCAUGGAGAUGGAGAUUAUAAACUGAUUGUUGCUGAUUUAGGUACUGGCACUCAUAAUAUGAAAUUGAAGGUUUAUAAAGGUACUCAUUUAUUCUCUGAACAUACCAUUAUUGAUCUUCCUACUGGUGUGGUAUCCUUUCACAUGGAUACUUGUGAUCCUCGCUCUCCAGCUAUUGCUGUUGCUUCUGGAGCUCACAUUUACAUAUAUAAAAACAUGCGUCCGUUUUACAAAUUUACUCUACCAGCGCCACCAGUUUGUCCUUCAGAAAUGGAAGCUUGGGCUCAAGCAAAAAAUGAUGAAAUAGAUAUCAAUAGUCUCAGAGAAUUUUUGGAGAAUAUUAGAGCUGAAGUUGGAGAAUCAACUCUUACUGCUAGAUCUCAAAGAUUUUUAAUGCUUGAGCAGGAUGAAAUGGAAGAAUUUUUUCAAUUGCAUAAACAAUUUCCAUUAAAAAAGCAGACUGUUGUUACAGCAUUAAGUGCAAUGAAGAAAAGUAUGGCAGAAGAAGAUGCUGUCAGUUGUUUAGUUCUUGGGACAGAAAAUCAAAAUGUUUAUGUGUUAGAGCCUGAUGCAUUUACAAUUCUCUCAGCAAUGACCGUUCCCAGUGUGCCAGUCUUCAUGGAUGUGAGUGGAUUGUUUGAUGUUGAAUUCAGAAUUAUUGUAGCUUGUCGGGAUGGAUGUUUAUACACCCUCAAACGCGGAUAUAAAACAGCUCGAUUUUGUGUCAAACUCAAGUCUCAAUGCGUAGGACUGCAGCGAGUCAAUAAUAGUAUUAUUGUCGGAUCUAUGGAUGAUAUGCUUAGUAGCUACAAUAAUAAGGGAAAAUGCCUGUGGAGUAUUAAACUCCCAAGCAGCAUUGUCACUUUGGAAUCUGUGGAUAUUAUGCAGAUGGGACUACGAUUAGUUGCAGUGACUCUUGGAAAUGGACUCAUACAUUUUUAUCAAGAUAAAUUCCUUGUUGAUGUUUUGGUAGCAGAGGAUGUCGUAUCGGCUAUGCGAUUUGGAAGAUUUGGCCGUGAAGACAAUUCUCUUGUUAUGUGCAUGAGAGGUGGAGGAUUGUGUGUCAAAAUUCUGAAAAGAACUGCGAAGUUCGAAAUUCAAGACUCUGCUGCAACUGCAAGAGAUUUGCAAAACACAAAAUUAAAUCUGCCAAAGAAAACAAAGCUAUUUGUUGAUCAAACUAUGCGAGAAAGGGAACAUUCUGUUAUCAUGCACAGAGCAUUUCAACAUGACUUGUACCGACUUCGCCUUACUACUGCUCGUGCCUAUGUGAAUGCCCUAACAUCUAGUCAAAAUCCUGUUUCUUAUGGAGCCAUAGAUCCUCUAAAGUUAUCAGCUCAAGUUCAAGGUUUGGGACCAAAAUUUAUUCUACAUUUAGAACUUCAAAAUACAUCUAGGAAUAAACCGUCUGUAAACUUAUUCUUAACAUUUCACUGUGAUGCACGUAUAUACAAGAUACAAAAGACAUUUAUACCGAUAUCUUUCCUUGCUCCAGGCUUGCCUUAUACAUUUGUGACUCCUGUUGAGUGUGUGAGCGAGAUGAAUAUUUCUGAUAUUAUAAAAGUUUUUGUGUUAAAGCAAGGACAAAAUAUUCCUAUCAUUACUGCAAUGAUAAAUAUGCCUGUUAGUGAAGGUUUUCAACCUAUGUAGUAGGUUGUCUAACUUUCUUCUGAAAGCUAAGCACUUCAAGAAAAGAAAAUCAUUUAUCUUUUCGUCAUGUUGAAAUACUGGAAUACAAAUAUUGGAGUGACUUAUGUGUAUGUUUAUAUGUUUGAAGUGUAUAUUUGAAUUUGUUUGUUAUUUGUAUAUUUAAAUGAAAUGACUUCAAGUCGUUCACAAUAUGAAUGAAAUAGUCAAUGAAGAAAAUCACAAGUAUAUUAUAUACACUUUUAAGAAUACUGCAUCAUAA